UCUGGCGGUGAGCACAAGGCAGUAGUGAGGCUGAAGGUUCCGCGGUCGCCCGCAUCGACUCCCACAGCCGCCAUGAGCCAGGAUUGUCAACACCAGUGACCGCCGCCGCCGCUCCCGCCAUCACCGUCUCUACCCCGCUGUUUUGUGGCCUUGUGGAAAAUUAUAUUUGUUUCUUGGAGAGUGCGGGGGUGAUGUUGCCUAGUAUGGGCCCCGCUGGGGUGCUUGGCGGGGGUCUGCGCCCCCUGGGGCACUCGGGGCUUCCAGCUCACAGUCUCCUGGGAUCGCUGGGGCCCCUGCCGCUGCCCUUUUCCGCCGUGUCGACCGUGGCGGGCACCAUGGGCACCAUGACGGCGCCGUACGUGGUGGAGUCGCUGCUGCGGGAGCGACAACUGGCGCGACCCGUCGCUACCAAGCCGCCGCUGCUGCUGCACGACGACCACCGGCCCGACCACCACUACUACUACAAGGACGACCCCGCCGCCCACUACCUGGGCCUGUUGGCGCGCCCCGCGGGGCCGGAUAGGCUCACCCCGCCCGCCCCGCUGCCCUCCCCGCCCUCCAGGUCCGCCAGGGACGGGGAGGAGGGGUGUGGGUGUGAGGGCGAUGCCCCACCCAGCCCGUGCCCAGAUACCCCCUCCACUAAACCCCACCUCAAGUUCUCCGUCACGGCCAUCUUGGGGCACGACACCCCCAGCCCCCCCGCCCGCGGCGACACCCUUCACCACGACCACCACGACCCAGAGGGCGGCGGCGGCGGCGGCAGUAUAGGAGAGCGACUGGGCGGACUCCCGCAGCUGGCCAGACCUAGGCCAAUCAUCCACUCCCCACUGCAGCCUCUACUCUCCUGCAGGCCGCCCUACCUCAACGUAUACGGGACAGUAGGUGGAAUGGGCGGCGUUCCUCUUCCCAGCACCUUCCCGUGGGCGGCGAUGGGCGUUGGCGUGAGGGGCAAGCCCAGACGCGGCAUGCUUCGACGGGCGGUGUUCAGUGACUUUCAACGUAAGGGCCUGGAGGACAGGUUCCAGGUUCAGAAGUAUAUAAGUAAGCCAGAUCGCAAGAAGUUGGCGGAGAAACUCGGCCUCAAAGAUUCCCAGGUUAAAAUCUGGUUCCAGAACCGGCGAAUGAAGUGGCGGAACUCGAAGGAGCGGGAGCUGCUGGCGGCGGGUGGAACCAGGGAGCAGACUCUGCCUACCAAAAACAACCCCAACCCCGAUCUCUCCGACGUGGGUGACGACGUCAGGUCUCCCACCACCGUCGCCUCCUCCAAAGACGAUCUCAGCCUCCAGCCAAGCGACGACUUGUACCAGAAGGACCCGGAAUAUCCGGGCCGGGGUGAAGACGACACUUUUGUCAGCCAGCAGGCCAGAACGGACCCCUUCGCGUCGUCGCUAGCGUCGUCAAUGCCGGCUAAGAUACAGAUCAAGGACCUGUCGUCCCUCUCCAGCUACGGGAAGACGACGGGUCCAUAUGCCUUCCCUUACCAAGAGGCUGACGGCGACUACUCCGACGAGGAUAUCAACGUCACCGAUGAAUUGGGAGGCUCCAAUAACGAGGACAGCGAGAACGAUUAGUCCUCGACGUCUCGUAUGGGGGUUCGUAAAAGGCCUUAUGAUCAGACAGACGAGCUUGCUGAUGAGGCCAAUCGUGUCCCGAUGGGCCGUGGAGACCACUUUCUCCAGUGGGGUCUCCCUCGUCUGGUUCAGAAUGGAUUUUCUGAGCGCCCCGAACUUAUCAUGUGUCAAAGUCGUUAGUACGGUCGAGCUGUGGCAGUGGUCCUUCCAGAGUGCCUGCCCCCCCCCCCCCGGGUAACUAGUGCCAGGAUACUGAUCUCUGAGGUCACUCAUGCCUGAGUGCUGACAUUUUCAGGAUCACUCGUGCCAGGAUAUUGACCUCUGUGGCUGAUCUUGAAAAUAUAUGUCAACACUAGCGAACUAAUCUUCUUAAAAUUCACGCUAGUGACGCGGGUGAAGAUCAUUUCUAACUCGAGUCAUAGAGAAGAGAGGAGACACUUAAGCAUGAGCCUUGACUUACGUGAUACCAUCAAUCCAUAGACACUUUACUCAGGUGCGGUAAGAUCGACAAGAGAUUAGUUCCUCAUCACACUGGCUGAUAGACAUGAUGAGGGCGGUAAAUCUAACAUCCUUCACUCGAGAUAUAUAGGCUGCAAGGGUCGAGGAGCAACAUCGACGUCCCCAGCAUCCGGCUAUCGUGAAGAGUGCCACUGUGUGGGGGGGGGGGAGGACGCCUUGGGGUGUCCAGGUGAGGUGCCACUAAUGACACCUGGGGGUAGACACCUGCCUGGAGCGACCGUAGUUCUCUACCUGCGUGUUCUAUCGAUAAUAUUGUGAUAUAUGAGCAUAUGGUUUAUCUUUUUACGCUUAAUAUAUUUUCUUCCCCUUCGUAACAAUACUGUUUUGUAAAUAUGUUUUUUUUUUUGCGUAACGGAGUUGGGUGGUAGGCACGAGAGACGAAGGAGUUAGAGAAAGAGGAGGAGACGAUGAUGAAGGAAGCAGAGAAUAAAGAAGAGAAUAUAAGACAAAGAGGCAGACAGUUUCCCUCUCCCUCCCUUCCUUCCCACUGUAGGUUGACGUCUGCUAGCAGCGAUUGUCCCUCUAGUCUGCGUGCGGACUGCGCAAUGUUACUCCCGCAACUCCCCCAGCCUCGCCCGCCCUGUGCCCUGAGCUCUGUACCUCCACACACUCUGCCUUACCAGGGAGCUAAAACACGACUAUUGUCUCUCACGCGACACCCUGGUGCUGAGAACUUUCAGAAGAGGAAUCACUAGUGCUGAGAACGUUCAGAAGGGGAAUUCCUGGUGCUGAGAACUUUCAGAAGAGGAAUCACUAGUGCUGAGAACUUUCAGAAGAGGAAUCACUAGUGCUGAGAACUUUCAGAAGAGGAAUUCCUGGGGCUGAGAACUUUCAGAAGAGGAAUCCCUAGUGCUGAGAACUUUCAGAAGAGGAAUCACUAGUGCUGAGAACUUUCAGAAGAGGAACUCCUGGUGCUGAGAACUUUCAGAAGAGGAAUCCCUAGUUCAGAAACCUUUCGGAAGAGGAAUCACUAGUGCUGAGAACUUUCAGAAGAGGAGUCGUGGGUGGGGUUGGGUUGGUGUGGGCGUCUGGGUCUUAAGUAUAAACUCGCCCUUAUCACAGGUAUGGUUGUGACCCCAAUUUGUGUAGCGUCACGACCCUAUCCUCCUCCCCUCUCCCCUUGUCCUAUUGUCACCUUUGAACAGUAAACAUAUCAGAGUUAUUA